UUCAAACCCCCCGAACACAAAAACACCUCCCUCUCGCCUCAGGGCUUCUUUGAGUGUGAGGUUAAAGAUUAGCAUCUCUGAUAAAGAUUAACUUUCUGUCAAAGGAAGGAGCUGAUGGCACAUUUCUAGUUUGGGAGCGCUGGUGACACAUGGGCGACCGCUUCGGCCUGAUGGGCCACAUCGCCUGCAGCAAAGGGAAGCAUCAGCAGCUAAAACACAGGUCCACAGUCAGUGGACGCUGGUCAGAUCAAUUAUUAAGCUUCAGCUGCGUCACCUCUUCCUUAAACGUAACUUAUUGCUGCAUUCACCAAAGUAAAGCGUUUCAUAUUUAACUGUAAAGCGGGUCAGCUGCUGUUCAGGCUGUUGUUGCUUGUUACACCAUGACUUUAGGGCCGUUAAACUGGCUUGGGAUUAAGUUUGGCCGUCAUAUUAUUUCUCAAUAUUUAAUCAGAACCGGUAACCUUCGACCUCCUUACUGCCCCCAUUAAAGCCCCAUCAGCUGUUUUUCUUCUGCGUCUUUGUCCCUCACAUAUCUACCAUCAGAGAGGUGGUGUUGAAACGUGUGUGUCAUCGUUGACUGAGUGCGUUGUGUGCUGGGUCUGUGGUCCCUCAGCCGUUCUGUGCUCUUCGUGGACGUUCAACCUCAUUACACCUCAAGGAAGGCUUCAAAUGGACCUGAUGAAAAAUGUCCCACUGGCAAAACAGGAACUUUGACAAAGGUAACGCUGAAGGCGGUCGGUGCCUGGUGUCCCCAGAAAGGUCAAAGGUCACCGUGAGAAGCUGAGGACGGAGGGCAGUUAGUGUGUGUCCUUUAGACACAAACUAAACACAAACAUGUGCAAAUAUGCUGUGAUGAUAUAAAACAAUAAUGCAAAAUGUUCCAGCCCACUUGUUGGUGCAAACCUUCAUCUCAGCACCGUUUUUAACAACUAUUGUUCUACUUUUAGGAGAAAAUGAAUCCUCCGAACUAAAUCACAUGUCAAUCACGAGAUCGUUCGCCAGAUGUGGACAUUGGACACACACAGGUUGAUUGGAGAUCAAAUGAGCUUGAACUUCUAAUAGUAAAUGUUAUUUUAUGUUUCAAGUUGUCGUUGUCUUAACUAAUAAUGUUUCCCAGGAGAUAAAAUCUAAAAACCUUUGAUUAGGUUCUGCUUUUUAACACGGUCACGGCGACGCCACAGCGUUAGAAUUUACUACAUGCUCUGCAUUUAACCACCAACUGUUCACUUAAACUAGACCGUUGUCUCAUUCCAAUGUGAGCUUCUAAUGAAACAAAGAUCCCUAAAAUAGUCGCUAAAAGAAGCCUAAUGGUAGUUUUUUGUGCAGGUGAAAGUUACCAACUCACAGUGUGUGAAGGUUAUAGAACAUUUUACCAGUUUGAUCACAAAGAACGGACUCCGUGGGUCAAAGGUCUUUUGGAAAAGCUGUGGAACCACAUGUCACUGCUUCAGCUCUCACUUCCUCUGUUAAAAGUAUCACAGACUGAAUGUCACAAAGGCAGACAGAAGGAGUUUGUUCAGCUCAGUCGGUGAAACAAAGCAAAGUGCACUUUUCAUUGAGCUCCUGUCUUAUUUGUUCAUGUUUCAGUAGCAUUGAGGUGUUUGGCUGCUUUCUGUAAAACGAUGCCCCCACACUCAGCAUCUCAAUUAACAUCGAUAAGAUGCUGUUAUAUCAUCCAUUCAUUGAUUGAGCUGGAUCCCAGAUGACGCUGGUGGAGACUGUUGGUUUUCUCAGACUCCUCUAACUCAGAAUGUGGGUCAUCAGCUGUUCCGUGGCUGUGGAGGCGGCCUUCUCUCUUUGUCUCAGCCUAUAGGCUAGCUGGCUAAGCUACUCGGCCCCUGCUUCACUUUCUGGGCAACUUUACACUAGUCCACUCGUGCUCCGUGGCUCCAAAUAUCCGACUGGCCCGCAGGCCUGAGGUGGGACGCAGGGAGGAAAGCGAUGGGGAUGAACGGCAGACAGAAGAUUCUUAGGAGGUUUCUGGGAACCGUUAGCUUCCAUCAAAUCACCAGGAAAUAAGAGGAAAACGCUCGGUCAGAUUGCAGGGGACCGUUGGAGAGACACCGUCACGUGACUCCCGGUACCAAAUGGUCUUCCGGCCGUGGGUUUCAUCAAGGACCGGAGCACAAGCAGACGCCGCCACAUCUAACAAAAAUGCAGAAGACAACAUACUACGACAACUCCUCGACGCUCUUCGGUGGCUACGCGUCCUACCAGGUGCAGGGGGCGGCAGCGGCGGCGGCCGCCAACGGCUUCGGGGGCUACGACGCCCCGGUCCCAGUGUCCCACCACCAGCCGGCCUUCCAGUCUGCCGCCCAUCUGGAUGUGGAUUCGUACCAGCGCUCCGCUUGCUCUUUACAGUCGCUGGGCAGCACCAGCGGCCACCAGCAGCAGCUAGCCAAGACCAAGGAGCUGAAUGGCAGCUGCAUGCGGCCCAGCCUGCCGCCUGAGCACCACCCCGGCGCCCAGGUGUCCCCCCCACUGCCCCCCAACCCCAGCACUGGUAAUACUGGGGCUCAGCAGCCGGGGGGCAGUGCUGGGACGUCUUCAGUCUCCAAAUCAGCCCUUACUAAGUCGUCUGCUUCUUCCUCCUCCACAUCGUCCUCCACGUCACCCUCCUCUUCCUCACUGCCCCCGAACCCGACUUUGGCCAAGCAGAUCUUUCCCUGGAUGAAAGAGUGUCGGCAGACGACCAAGCAGAAAAACUGUUCCCCCAGCAACAACUCUGGCAACGUGUCGGGAGGAGCUGAGAGCGGCAGCAGUGGGGAGAAGAGUCCCACAGGAGGCUCCUCAGCGUCCUCUAAGCGCGCCCGCACAGCGUACACCAGUGCCCAGCUGGUGGAGCUGGAGAAGGAGUUCCACUUCAACCGCUACCUGUGCCGGCCGCGGCGCGUGGAGAUGGCCAACCUGCUCAACCUGUCCGAACGCCAGAUUAAGAUCUGGUUCCAGAACCGACGCAUGAAGUACAAGAAGGACCAGAAGUCCAAGGGCCUGAGCUCCAGCUCCGGCGGGCCCUCGCCCACCGGCUCCCCUCCCCUGCCCAUGCAGUCGUCCGCCAGCUUCCUCAACUCCAUGCACCCCAUGGGGGGAGGCGGGGGAGGCGUAGGCUACGAUGCCCCGUCUCCACCGUCCUUCGGCAAACCCCACCAAGGAGUGUCCUACUCCAUGUCCACUGCCUAUUCCAAUGUCCCCAUGAAGGGCUGCCCCUCCCAGCAGAAGUACGGUGCCCCCGACCCGGACUACGGUGACCCCCACCCCCACCACGCCCUUGUUCAGGCCAACAGUGCCAGCUAUGGGACUCCCAACAUGCAGGCUAGUCCCGUUUACGUUGGGGGUGGUAGCUACGUGGAACCCAUGCCUGGCUCAGGACCCUCCAUGUACGGGCUAAAUCACCUCGGCCCCACGCCUCCACACCACCAGACCAUGGACUAUAACGGCGCGGGGCCCAUGUCAGCUGCUAACCAGCACCAUGUGGCUGGAGGGGGGCCCCCGGGUCCCUGCGACCCGCCCACACACCCGACAUACACGGAGCUGUCGGCGCACCACACCUCGACUCAGGGCAGAAUCCAGGAAGCACCCAAGCUAACUCAUCUGUAGCAGGUUUGGAAUAAAACGACAGCAUGGGAAAUAGUAACGACACCGAAGCAGUAGCGCCACAUGGCUCACUAACAAACACUAACAAGUGGGAAGUGUAGCACUGCAGAGAUGACAGCACAGGCACAACAAGACACGCAGGAGGCAUCCAGCGGUUGGUCCUGACCCGACAGCAGAAAGUCAAUAAUCAGCCUCACGUCCUGAUUUCAUGAUGUCAGAUUAAAGCUGGAGCUUUUACUGCUGCUUUCAGAUUUCAACGAUGCACUCAAACCCUUUCCACUACAAAAACACUGCAGUGUAAAAGGUACAAUAUCACAUUUUGGACCAAACUGCAUUUUUCUAUUUUCCCUGUAGAUUAAAUCGUCAUGUUUUAUCCGCUUUUUACUAGUAUUUUUCAAAUUUUCUAGCAGCUCAUGCAGCGGUUUCACACAGGCAGCGGUUUGAAAGUGGAGGAGAUGAGGCGUGCACUCGCUUCCCGUAUGCUGGCUCCCAGAACCGACACCUUGUUCCAAAUUAUUCUCUGAUAAUAAAAUCUCCCCCUAAGAUGCACACACACAUGCAAGGCGCUCUCCCGCCUGCUAAAUGAAAUAGUUGGGAUUUUAAUAGGCACUUAACGAGGUGGUUAGAUUUAUGAUGCCGCCCUCUCCCCCUCCAGGCAACACAUGUUGUUGUCAGCCGAGCUGAGCUAUGUGGAGGGCUGCGCCUCUCCAUCAGUCGGAGGGCGAGAGAGUGAGAGUGUGGGCCUGAAGCUGGAGCUGGAGCCUCAGCCGCUGGAUGCCGUUCCCUCCGCUGUCUUCUUUUGCCGGGCUGUCUUCCCUGUCUCCUUCCAUCUAGACUGAAUCACUACUAACCCACUGUCUCCUUGUCUGUGACAGCAGCACACGGCUUCUGAAGGAGCCCCCCCCCCCCCCCAUCCUCCCAGAGCGACCCCCCUCCCCCCACCCCCUCCCACACACACACACACACACACACACACACACAUCUAUCACCAAACAUCACUCGAACAGGGUUUGAGAAGUUGGACUCGCUCUCAUAGACGCAUCUGUGUGUUCGCUGGCUACACUUUUCUACACACACACACACACACAAGCACACACAGGUCCACGCAGCGAUGCUAAGCUAGCUUCCGUUCGUUGACACGUCCGCGACCAGGGUACGCCAGCUGCUGACACCUUCAAACAAACACACUUCUUAUUUUAGCACAUGAUUGACACAGGGUAACUAAUAAGAGUGGAGAACGUUAUUUAUUUAUGUUUGGGCAGGUGGACACCAGCGUGUCCACAUUUUAUAUUGUUUUGUUUGGUUCUCGCAUAUCUUGACUUUUAACGUGGAUACAGGGUAUAUUUGAACAAAAAUGCAUGUCCCGGAACCUGAGCGGGUGAAGAUCUGGCAUUUUAUGAGCACCACUGGGUUUAUGUUUGUGACGUGUCAGUGAGAGCAGUUUCUGGGCAACACACACUGAAUCCUUCUCACGGUGAACAGACUGAACAAGCAGCUGCACGUGCGGCUGAUGUUCACUGCUCUCUCCGAUGGCACAAGUAAACCGGUGCCGUGCUUUUAAAAAGGUGCAGAUUCACACCAAGGCUCUUCACAUCCGGGCAUCGUUGUUGCACUUAGAGUUUACAUUUUGAUGGUUAAAGGUAAAAAAUAAUAAUAAUAAAUUCUUAUUUUGAAGACGAAAGGCCCUCCAAUCAAAGCGUCUUUCGCCAAUGUGUGUUCAAGUGAACAUUCAUAUAUAAAUAUUUAUUUGUAAUAGCCAGUUUAAAAAAAAAACUUCUGUUUUGUAUUAUUAUUUAUCCUUCAUGUAUUUAUAUUGAAGAAAAAAUAUUGUACUUUUUUAGUAUUUACCUGUUAUGAAACAAAAAACAACAUUGUGUUUCUCUUUGUCCAUUGUACUGAAGUUACAUUUUUUAGUUCUUGUAUUUUAGAAGAAAUUAAGUAGUUUUUAUGUUCCUAUAAAGAUCCUUGUACAUAAAUGUCUUGACUUGUACAGGGAGAAGCUAAAGAUGGUUAUUGGUGACUCAUCUUUGCAUAGUCUGAAAAUUUUAGACAAACUAGCUGGAAGACAGAACGAGUCUCCUUUCUUUGUUCUUUGUAGUCCCCCUUUUCUUUAACUGUUGAGAGAGUUGUCUGUCGAGCAAUUCUUUAAUAAAACUUUAUGUUAUUCAGA